AUGUCCUCCAUCAAUGAUCCAAUAAUAUCUUCCUUUGAUAACAAUAAAGGAAAACUUGGCUCUUUCAACCAAGGAAAGGAAAGGGAACCCAUAACUACUUCGACUGUAGAACGGUUUUACCAUGAAGUACUUGGAGAUAAAAUUGUGCUGAACCAACAACUAUUCCAUUCUUCAACUAAUGAUAAGGAAGUCAUAGCUCAAUGUCAAGAAAUUUUGUUUGUAUUGCAACGAUUUAACAAACUAAAGCAAUCAUAUACAACUUCAAAAGAUAUCAUCGAAAUUGAUAAUAUAAUAAAAACACAAUGUUUGCAAAGGGAUAAUGUUGAAUUCUUGAAAUUAAUCUCGAAAACGGUUUUACCAUUUCUUCAAUCACUUUUACAAUCUUUAAAAACAUUACCAUACCAAUUAAAUCAAAUAUAUUCCCUUUUCAUAUUGCAAACAUUCAAAAACCAUUCAAAUUCUAAAUUAACUGAUUAUUUCACAAUUUUAAUAAAAUUAUGGUUGAAUCUAAUGAAAUUGUAUAAUCAAUUCAAUACUAAACUUAUGAGUUUGUUUCUAAUCUUAAACCUUUUACUAUUGAAUAACCAAUUUGUCACAUUGAAAAUUCAAUUAUCAAUACCAGAAAACAUUUGUAAAUCUAUGGAAUCCGUUUUUGACAAUUUCUCCCCUCAAUUAUUCAAUAUAUACCAUGAUAAAGCUAAUUCAUGUAAUAUGACUUUAAAAGAUUGUAUGUUCUAUUAUUUGGAUUUGGAGAAAAGCUUCCAGAAUUUAAAAUUAAAAUUAAUAAUAAGGGAAAAUAAUAAACUGAUUAAGCAACAGCAACAACAAAUACAUAUUCAAAAUAUGAAAACAAUGGCAUCACUGUUAGAUAAAGGUUCAAAUCAACGGCCAUACGUGCAUUCCCAAACACCAUUGACUGAACAUUUACCAUAUUUUAAGACUAGAUUUGAUGAAGCAAAAUUAUUAGAAAAUCAAAUCACAGAGAAACAAUUGGAAAUUCUUAAUUUCAACAGAAUUAAUUCCCAGAGAAAAUUAGCAAAUAAAUACCAAAUUGAAACCCAAUCUAUACCGAGACACUUACUAUCGCCUUCUGACUCUUCGGGAUCAAGAUCAAGAUCAAAUUCCUUCGUCUCUUCAUCAUUCUCAAUGACUACUUUAACAGAAAGUAGUGAUGAACCUUCAGAUAAAGAUAAGGAUGAUGAUGAUGAUAAUAACAAAUUUCAUUCAUUUCUUUUUCAAUGGCAAAAAAUCAACAACAACAAAUGUUAUGAACCAUUUUAUUUCUAUAUUCAAAUUAUACAUACCCAAGCACAUACAUACAUAUAUACACACAUACAUAUAUACAUAUAUACAUAUUCUUUUGACCAGUAA